AUGGGCGACGCUUCAUUAAGCGGUCCAUCAAAAGCUGAAAAAUUGGCAGCCGCUAAAAAGAAGGUUUUUCUGAUUUACGCGCGUCUUUGUCCUAACUGUUCUCUUUAGUUGAAAGAGUUUGAAUCGAGACGACAAAUUGAUGGCGGAUCGCCCUCGCCGAGCGUUGUUUCUGAACAUGGCAACGGUUUCAACGGAACGGGGAGCUACCUAACCGAAGAUUCUUUAAUAGGUAGGUAUUUUUAUCUUAUGAUUGUCAUAUAAUCCGUACUUCAGUAAGAGCAGAACCGGCAUAUGACAGUGCCAAUACUUCACAAGCCAGCAGAUCUCAAUCAGUUCAUGGAAAUCCUGUAAUUAAUGGUUUUACAAACCAAGGCACCGGCGUUAGUGUUAGUUAUUUUUUUCGGAAAAAAUUUUCAAAACUCGAAAUGUUUUAGGUCUCGCCGUAUCCGGAAGGAUCUCAAAAUGAAUGGUACAACGCAUAUCAGCAAUUGAAGGCUCAGAAUGAUGAAUUGGUAAUUUUUGUUUGAAUGAAACACUUCAAAAAGUAUUACUAGUUUUUAUGAAGCCGCAAAAGUAUUGAAUAUGAUUGCAAAUAUAAUUAAAAACGAAUUCAAUUAAAAUUCAACUGCGUACCUACAAGUCUUGAUGUCACUUAUAUUCAUUUUUUUUUCUAGCCGUAAUCUAAAUAGAUGAAAACCUUCCGAGGAAGUUUUCGAAGAUGUGUGACAUAAAUUUGGUUGAUAUGCUUUCAGUGCGCUCACUAUGGCGAGCUCCAUUCGGCCUAUUCUCAAGUCACCUCGACUGGCGUCCACGUCGAGGCCGAGAACCAAAUCCUGCAGUUGCAAUCUGUUAGUUGGCAACUUCUUCAAGUUCUUCAUGAAUGAGUUUCAGGCCCUGUCAACGAUGGUCGAGGAGAAGCUCAUGUGCCAGACUGAGCUGAGAGCGGCGCGCGACGAGCUGGAGGAGGAGCGCCAGAGCCACAAAGAGGUUUUUGAUUUUCACUUGGUCGUGUUAGUUUUGCUCAUUCAGAUGUAGGGAUAAUAUAUUUGAACAGAGAAACAGUUAAUUUACUUGUGUGGAAAUAGAAAUUUCGGAAGAAAGAACCAAGUAUUUCAAGCUGAAAGUACGGAAAAGCCACAAAGAGGUAUCUUUUUUUUUGGCUUUCACUUGAUCAUACCAGUUUCGUUCUUUUCCUUGUGCGGAAAAAGAAAAUUUUGAGAAAAACUAAGAUUUUUCAGCUCAAAAAACGGUUGACCACCAUCGGAAACAGUAGCGGAGAUCAGAAGGCUCUGUUGGCCAAGAUUGCCGAAAAAGACGGGAUUCUGGAAGCACGACAUCUGGAGCUCGAGUCGAUCCGAAGAGAAGCCGCCAACGCCCAGGCGGCCCUCCUCACCGUUCAACACGAACGGAGUGAGGCUCAGGUGAUUUGAAGCUCGGAAAAGGGAAAAAUAGUCAGUCCUCUGAAUUGUGAAUAUAGUGUUCAAAAAGGUGGAAGGCUUUGAAAAUUACUCUCUCAUCGCUAAAUACUCUAUUUCUAUGAGGGUUUCCAAAGAUUUCUUCAUUUUUUUAAAAAAAUUUUUUACACUUAGAGCCUCGUUUUUUUGUAGUUUUUUAAAUUACAGAAACUAAAUCAUGCAUUUCUCUUAUUUUAACGCGGUUUGUUGGAACUGAAUACAAUGUUGUUCCACUACUUUUAAUAGUUUUCGAACGAGUUUGAAAUGAAAUUUUGAAGGCGCGUGUGAGAAGUUUGGUGCGAGAGAACACGGCCAACGAGGCGCUGGUACAACAACUCCGAAAGGACCUUCAAAUGAAGGAAAUCUACCUCAAACAACUCGGAGCCCAUAAUAUCGCCCAUGCCGUUCCUGUCGACGAGAAUGCUCUCCGUCAAAUGCAUGGCAAGCUCUCAUGAUUAGUUCAAAAUCAUGAAAAAAAGCUUCAGAUCGAAUCGAAAGCCUGGAAAGUCAGUUGAACGAGGCGAAAAACGAGAAAUCGAGGCUUUUGAGUGAAUCCGCCGCCUUGAGAGCCCAUUAUUCUGAGAGGGAACAGGCCAUGCAAGAGAAACAGGCCGAGUUGACCGCUCAGGUCUUAGAAAUAAGAGAUCAUUGAAUUAGUGUUAAUUACUGUUUCAGCUUGAAGAAAUCCAGUCGAUCAGAUGGGCCGCCGAAGCCAACGCUCAACAGCUCGAAGAUCAACUUCACAUUACGAAAAAAGUAAGAAAUAAGCUCAGAAAACUUGGAUUUUUUUUUAGUUUUGUGGUGAUUUUGAAACAAGUUUAUUAGAUAAUAUCAAUUCUUACUUUCAAAAAAUGUCAUCCUUUUUGUACAGUCAAAUAGAAUAAAAGUAGUCUUUGAUUCAUAACCAGUAUACGAAUUUUAACCUUUUUGUCAUUUCAUUUUUCAAUUUAUAAGAAUUUUUUUUCUAGUACUUUUCAAGCUGGAAAAGUGAAAUUUUUGCAUUCCAUUCGUCAAAAUCAAUCUCUAUUGCUUCCUCUUUCACUUCAAACCCCCGGUUGACAUAUAUAUUUCCAGGAGCUGGAGCAUUUCCGCUCUGGCGAAGUCGGAGCUGACUCGGCUCCUCCUGCACAUCCGUCGAUAUCGGAAGAAGACGUCGAACGGCGUCUGAAAGAAGCCGUCCGCUUUGAACAGGCCAAAUGGCAGCGGAGUUUACAGGAAGAGCAGAGAAACCACGAGGAGCAGAUUCAGAACAAGGUGAUCAUACAAAAAAGGGCGAUAUUUCUGAUUUUUAGUUUGAGUUUAGUUUAAGCAAUAUUUUCUCUGAACUCAAAGUUUUUUUAAAAAGUGUUUUUUUACGAUAUUUCUUCAGUGUACUGAUAGCUUUUUGAAAGGAUGUUUCAUUUUUUCGAUUUUUGCCCUGAUUUUUUUCUGUUUCAAUUUAAAAAAAUAAAAAAAUAAAAUGUUCUUUCUGGAUAUACUCAAUUGGCGCGUUCUCUCUUCAAAAGUCAGCUUGUUAGAAAAAAAAACAAAAGUGUUAUUUUGUGUUUUGUGAUUCCGUUGGCCCGCUCUUUUUUUAACAAGUAAGAUGAUAAAAUAAUCAUCAGGAGAACGAUAGAACUUUGAUAAUUUUUUCUGAAACGCAGGACCGACUGAUUUUCGAAAGAGAACAGUCGCUGGCGGAAGUGGAGAUGAAGUACCGGCUGUUGGAGGAAAGGACUCUUGAAGCGAAUGCCAAUGGAGCGGUUUCUAUCCGUUCAUUUUCAGAAAGUAUCAAUAAUUUUUAGGACCUCCUUUCUCUCUCCGAACAACUCCAGAACGAAAAGGCGACGGUCUCCAGGGCAGUCGCUCAGAACCGAGAGCUCAAAGCGCAGUUGAUUGACACUGAAGACAGGUUUCUUUUGAAUCUUGUACUGACUAGCGAAUGGUCUGACUAGAGAACGUUUUUAGCCCCCCGUUUUCGAGUUAGGACACUUCAAAAGCUUAAAAUAGCGCUUUUUUUCCUAAUUUGCGUAUUUUGUGUUCUUCAGAAAACGUUUCCUGAUGAGGGGUACCUCAGGCUAAGCGCCCGGGCUUUGGGCCUCAUUUUUAAGAAGAGGUCUGCGCCGGGUGGGGCCAGGCUUCGAAAAAAAAAUCUUCAACUGUUGCUAAAAAAGUUUUCAUUCUAACUUUAGAUUUUCAAAUAAUUCCUUCAUGAAGAAAAAUUUGGGAAAAAAUGAUUUUACACACAAGUUCUAAUGGGAAAAAGGCGAAAAAGGAGCAGAUUCUGAUAAGGGAAAACUGGUGAAAAAAGACUCUCAGGUCGAGAAAAAAAAAAAGUUUAGCCGCUCUUUCAAUUUUUGAGUUUUUUUCGUUUUCGAAUAUUUUUUUUCCAAAAAAAAAUCUUAUUUUUUUCUCACAAGCUUCCAAAAAAAGGCGCACAAAAGGUGAUUUGAAGUGAAAAAAAGUUUUGAAAAAUGAAUUUAAAAAUUACAAUGAAGGCUAAGCCGCUCCUUCCACUCCUUGAUGAUCAGUUUUUGGUCUCAAGUAAAAUUAUUUGGUAUGAUUGUCCACUAAAAGGGUUUUUUUUCACAGAUUGAUCGCCCUGACUGAAGAAAAACUCCAACUGGAAUUGGGAAAACAAUCGGCCGAACAUCAAGUUCGCGAGCUGUCCAAGCAACUCAAUCUUCAGGUUGAAAUUCCUAUUUCUCUCCUGUGGAACAAUUUCUGUUCUUUUCAGGUCGCCGGACUGGUCACGCCUCACUCUGAGCAAGAACUUGAAGGAGUUUCGGUCAAGAAAGAGAUCGAAUCGACUGCCGAGGAUUUGGAUUUGAGCACGAGUAGUGGAGGUUCGUGAAAGGAAAGAUUGACGUUUCAGAGGAUAUUUAUUUGAGAAAAAAAAUUGAUGAUUUAGUGGUAAAGAGUUUUUAAGGCUACUUAACGCUACUUUAGGGAGAACUUGGACCUUUUUUUAUCGGAUGUACCUUGAAAAAACAUGAAAAAAAAUAAUUAAUGAGCAUUUGCCUUUUUUUUCCUGUUUUAUCAAUUGGUCAGGCGUUUUAUUUUUAUGGAGUAUGAAAUCUACAAUGUUUAGUUUCAUUUUCUUUUUACAACUCAUUUCUUUUAAAAAAUCUUCAAUUUUGUUCGAAAACUUGUUUCGAGUUUUUCAAUUUCAAUUCGAAGGUAUGGGCUCUUUUUAGAACACGGAAAACUUCCACACCUUUGAAUAUCUGAGAAAGAGUGAAUAGAUUAUUUCCCUUUCCGUAUAACUCAAGAGACAACAAUUUUCUUCGGUUAUUUUAGGUGAAAACGGUAUGGAUCUGGAAACGGAAGACGCGCCACUCGAACAGGAUGCCGUUCUGCCGAUUGAGAGGCAAAAUGAUGAACUUCGGCAGGAGUUGGAUCAAGCUCGUCAAGAACUACAACAAGUGCGCAUUUUCAGGGAAAAAAUUAGCAGAAAAUGAAAGAUUUUUUAGCGGGAUUUCAAUUUUGUCAGCUGUAUUAGGUUUUGAAGGCUGGAGAAUCAGUGUCUCAGCUUAACUAACAAUCAAAUUUCAUUCUCAUUUUGCAAACUUUUUGAUUCAAGGUACGCGCUGAGUUACGGAGGAGCAACACCCAAAACGAGCAAAUGGACCAGAUAAUGCGACAAAAUGCCGAGGACGAAAAUCAGAACUCGAUUCACGUCGAACUGACACAGGCCGUCACCAGAAUCAAUGAAUUGGCUUCCGAAAAUCAACAACUUCGAGAUGUUCGUGGGAAUUUGUGUCAUACCCGGUACACGGCUAGCGUGGCCUGUCUGCCCUCUCCACCAACCAGGCGCUAUCUAUUUUUUUAAUUCAUCUCGGGACCUUUUUCGAGGGAUCCAGCCAGCCGUAAAUAAGCUAUACUGUUUGAAAAAAAUCUAUUUUUUUCUCUUUUUCAAGCAGUUUUUUUCAAAAUUGGAUGAAGUUUUGAUGAGAAACGAUAGGAAGCUGUGAAAUAAACUAAAUUACAAAAUUAAAUCUCAAGAUAUUCAAAGGCUAAAAAAAAGAUAGGUACAAGGAUAUCCCACAAGGUUUUACGGGCUUUGAGAGCCACAAAAAAAAUUAUUUUUAGGCGCUUCUUGAGGCUCAAGAAGCCAACGACCGCCAUCUGCAGCAGAGCUUCAGUCGUGAAGAACCACCAAAAGUAGAAGGAACGAAAGAAAAAGACGUGGUUUCGGAGCAGCCUCGGCCCAGUCGAACUGGCGACGAGCCGCCGACGUCGGAAGGCCGAAACGACGACGAUUGGGCGAGGAAAGAACUCGAGAAGAGAUUCGCGCGCGCCAUGACUCAAAAUGCAGAGCUGACCGAGUCGAUCGACCGUCUCGAACAUAUUAACCAGCAGCUUCAGGUGAUUCAAUCAGUAUUAGUUUACAUAGAAGGUCAUUUUUGCGUAGGGUCUGGAAUUUUCUAUAAAUUUGCUCAAACAAUCUUUGAUACACUGGGAAUCGAUUCCGCAUAGUCGCUAUCUGCGCAAACUUUUCGUUUCGAAGAUAUGAUUUUUUAAUGUUCUCAUUCUUAAACACGUCACAAUGUUCGGAAGGGAUGUGUCCGCAGCACAAGUUAAUGCAUCGCAGCUAGGAGCGUGGUGCAAUGGCUAGUGCAGUAGCCUAUGAUGAAGGUUCGAAUCUUUUUGCCGCUAUCGUUUUUUGCCAUUUUUUUUUACGAAUUAUGAUGAACAUGUCGAAGUUUCAUAAUUAAAAACGUUCCAAAACCGUUCGGUGGCCAUUUUCUUCCAACAAUAAAUUUUUAUCAAAAAAAAUGUUUUUUGAAAGUUUCUUGGAGUUGCGGCAUGCUUCACAUCAUCAAAAAUAUUUUUCUUAAGUUUCUUUGUUCAAAAACGUUUUGGACUACGAAAUUUUGGAGGAAAUAACUUGUACUUUCACUUGUAUCAAAAAAAAAUUGCAGUAAGAAAGGAUUUGGAAUUUUUUCCAGCUUUACAGCUGUCCUUGCUGUUUCAGUGAACAUUUUUAAUGCGAAAAUGACGAUAAUGACGAUAUUGUAAUGUUGUCGGAUUCGGUAUAUUAAUAACUCAACAAUCGCCGGGCAGUAAAACUAAAAGUUUGAUUAAUCCAAACGUAUAUUUUCUUUUUCGAUAAUUUUCUUAGACUGAAUAAUUUUUCAGUUGGAAAACGACACGAUUGCGGACCACGUUAUCCUGUACCAACAUCAAAGAAGACUUGUCCGAGAACGGCUGAAAGUGAAAGAUGAACAACUGCGGGCUCUUGAGUCCGAGAGGACACGGACCGUUGAAAGGCGAGUUUUUUUUACGUUGAAAAAAUCUUUCGAAAUCGUCCCUGACAAUUUAGUGAUGAAUUUCUCAGAGACUGAAAAAAACCAAUAGCCUGAAUUUUUAUUCCAUUUUGAUAUAGGGAGAUUAAGAGAGCAUAUUGGCUUGGAUUAUGAAAAAAAGGUUUAUCAGAAAAAAAUAUUCCAUUCACUUCGGGAAUUUUUCCGUUUUUCAAAUUUUUUAAAAAGUUUCUUCGCAGUUUGGUCAGAUUCUGUAGAAUUUUUUUAAAUCAACUGGAUUUUUUUGUAGUUUCUUUAUUAAUUUCUCUUUUUGCAUAUUUUUGAGCAUUUUUCAUUUCAAAUCGUUUUUCUUACUAGCUUUCUGAUUCAAGUAUUCAUAGCGUUCGUUAUUUUAUUUGGAAAAAAAAAUUUGCGUACAUGAUAAAACUUCAUUUUUUUCCAUGAAAUUAUCUUUUAAAAUCGAUGUUAUGAAGUUCAUUGUUGCUUUUCAGGUGUCAAGAACUGCAGAAAGCGCUGAUGGCCGUUCUGAACAAGAGCGGAAUGCUCAAGGUUUUCCGAUAUUUCUGUCUAGGAGUUCAUUUUUCUGUUUCAGGAGUACCAGGUGUCGUCCAUCGCCAAGAAGGCGAAAAGACGCGUCAGCCGCUCCUAUAGUCACAGUACGGUCGACGAGGAACUCAGCGGCGACGAGGCGAUCCUCGUAGACGCCAAGGACGUCCUGGUCCGUCUUUUCCCUUUCGUACAACGAAAAGCUCAAUUUUUGUGGGCUUCGAUCGAUGUUAAGUCAUAAGCGCCUCCAAAAAAUUUUCGAAAAAAAUAACCUAAAGAACAGAAAAUGAAAGGUUUCAAUAUUUGAUUAACAACAAAAUAAAGAGAAAAAAUUGCGAAAAAACAAUUUGAAGGUGCCGCCACGAGACGGUGACUCAGUCAGCCGGCCGCGAUCGAAUACGGCCCUUUCCGACGCUUCGACGACGGCUUCUGUCCAUCAGAAGACGUCCGACGUCAACGCGCCGCUUCUUUCCAACCUUCCAGCUGAAGAGCCUCGGCCUGCGGCUUCUCUGACGUCUUCUCCUCGCAGCUCUUCGCCCUCCGGCCAAGUGUAUGUAGAUUUUCAGAUUUUAAAAAGCUUUAGCCCCUUCUAGAGGCUUUAGGUGUGCUUUUUAUUGCUGAGGACAGACUGGUUGAAUAAUAAUAUUUACUGGCUUAUGACAUCGCGAUAGACAAUAGUAGCGACCCAUCCUGGGCGAGUGUGUCUCUUCCUCCACUCAAGCUCUCAGAGGCGGCUUCCUGAGAGACGAGUGGGCGGUGGACGGUGUUUGAUAUAGCAUCCUUUACAACAUUACCAUUACAUCACCUACGGCCCCAGAAGACGCUUCGUCCCCGAAGCCUAAAAGAAAUGAAUGAGAAUACUAAUAGAAUUUAAGGAAUGGAGGUGAAAUAAUUUCAAAGAAAUGAAUAAUUUGGAUACUACGUGUAAAAUAGUCAUUGUAUUUGCUGCCGGAUAGCACUCCUAUAGCACUCUUACCGCGUAUUUUAUUUAUUGACUGACGAAGUGGAUAACUCGAUUUACCUUUGUUGGAACGAACAUUGAUCAUUACAAGAUCUACAAAAAUAAUAUUCAACUUUGCAGUAACACUGAAGAUGCCGAUGUUCGAAGGAUAUUGGAGCUGAUAACGGAUAUCAGCGUGAGUUUCAUUUGAGAGAAAAACAAUUGUAGCGAAAAUUGUUUCCUGCAAAAAUUUUUGAAUGAAAACCCUUUGAAACUCAUUUUUUGGGCGAGUUCUAAAUCAAACGAUGCUUAAACCUUGUUUUUUUAUAUAACGAGUUUUAAAAGGAAAUGAGAUCUUACAAAAAGCUUCGCUUCACUUGUUUCAUUUAAAAAUGAGUUCUAGAAAAAGUUUUUUUCUUCUCGCAUGAAAUACUUAUUUUUCAGAGACCCCCGCCUCAUGUGGCCGGCAACCUUCAUUGCACGCAGUGCAUUGGCGAAAUUCAACAUGUUUAG